AUGGCCCUCAGCAGAAUGUCCCUCCGCUCUGUUCUCGUCGCCGCGCUGGCGGCGCUGGCCGUGGCCACGCCCGUGCCCGAGAACUCCCUGCAGGAGCGCCAGCUCAUGAGCUCCAACGACGUCGAAGACGGCGUCUGUCGCGAUGUGACCUUCAUCUUUGCCCGCGGGUCCACCGAGCAGGGCAACAUGGGCUUCGUCGUCGGGCCUGAGGUCUGCACGAGCUUGAAAGCUGAUCUCGGCUCCGGCAAGGUCGCCUGCCAGGGCGUGGGCGGCGCAUACACGGCCUCGCUGGCGCCCAACUUCCUGUCUGCCAAUACAGACCCACAGUCGAUCCAGGCGGCGACGGACCUGUUCGAGAAGGCCGUGGCCAACUGCCCGAACACGCAGAUUGUGGCGGGUGGAUACAGUCAAGGCUCCGCGGUGAUGGACAACUCGAUCCAGGCCCUCCCUGCCGACAUCCAGGAGAAAGUCAAGGGCGUGGUCCUCUUUGGCUUCACCCGCAACCUCCAGGACAACGGACAGAUCCCCAACUACCCCAAGGAGGAUGUCAAGGUUUACUGCGCCCUGGGCGAUUUGGUCUGCAGUGGCACGCUCAUCAUCACCCCGGCGCAUAUGACAUACGGGGUCAAUGCGGGCGACGCCGCCCAGUUCCUGGCCUCCAAGGUGCAGUAA